AUGACUGCCCGGUUGCUUCAUCCUGAUGAAUGGGAGCUAGCCUCGCGAUCCUCAGUCGACUCACAGGGUACAUUCAACCUCGACGAAGCCGAUUUUGAAUCUCAAGUUCCUCCCACAUCCCAAUUUGGUAGACACCAGCUGCCCUGGCUGUCUCGACUGUUCUCUAAAGCAACUGGUUAUCGUCGCUUGAAACCCAAUUCCAGACCAGCCCUCGCAGGUACCCCCCGACCAAGCUGUUCCCGACGGUUCUGCAUACGCCGCUGCUGCUACAUUCCCGUCGUCGCUGGUAUUGUCUUUGUUCUGGCGCUUUUCACUUCGAUCCUGUUCCCCUCUUACACCCACCUGCCGGCGCAUUAUUCCGCACUCCGCAAAAAUGUGCUCGAGAGUUCAUAUUCUGGGCGCGGGAACCCACAUAACGAGAAGGUUUUCAUUGCAGCAAGUUUAUAUGAUAGCGGUGGUGAGCUCGCUCGAGGUCAAUGGGGAGAACAGCUCAUUGAUUUGAUUGAUCUGCUUGGACAUGACAAUGUGUUCCUCAGUAUUUAUGAGAACGACAGCGGUGAUGAUGGAGAGCGUGCACUGCAUGAACUGGAAGAGAAAGUGCUAUGCCAAAAAUCCAUUGUGUCGGAAAAGCACCUGGACCCAAAAACACUGCCAACCGUGACAAUACCCGGUGGCUCCAACCGAGUCAAGCGCAUCGAAUACCUGGCUCAGGUGCGGAACAAAGCAUUAAAGCCAUUGACCGACAACCCGGAAUUGAAAUUCGACAAGCUGCUUUACAUGAACGACAUUCUCUUCCACCCCAUCGAUACUGUCCAACUUCUUUUCUCAACAAAUGCCAAUGAAGACGGCGUCGCUCAAUAUCGUGCAGCCUGCGCUGUUGAUUUCGACAAUCCCUUCAAGUUCUAUGACACAUACGCAACCCGUGAUCUUGAAGGCUACAGCAUGGGUCUUCCCUUCUACCCGUGGUUCACAACAUCUGGUAAGGGUGAGAGUCGACGCGACGUGCUGGCAGGCAAAGAUGCCGUGCGCGUGCGCAGCUGUUGGGGCGGCAUGGUCGCCUUUGAUGCGAAAUACUUCCAAUCUGGCUCGCCUCCCACAUCUCCCAACCCGGCUCGCUUCCGUUCUGGUCACGAUCUCUUUUGGGAAGCAUCAGAAUGCUGCCUUAUCCACGCAGACAUCCAGGACCCGCCGACUAACGUUGACGAAAUCACCGACACUGGCAUCUAUAUGAAUCCUUUCGUCCGGACUGCGUACAAUCACCGAACACUUUCGUGGCUGGGUGUGACCCGCCGUUUCGAAGGACUGUACUCGUUCCUUCACAAUCUUGGUAACCAUAUUGUGGGAUUGCCUUGGUACAACCCCCGACGCACGGAAGUCCCUGGCCAAAAUGUCAAAGAGACCGUUUGGAUCCCGGAUGCCAAGCUGGACGGCGGUGGCUCGUUCCAGACUGUUGAGAGGGUUGCAGGCAAUGAUGGCUAUUGUGGACGCCGUGGUCUUCAAGUCAUUGUCGAAGAUCGGAAGCCUGGGCAAAAAGGCUUUGAGAAUAUUCCUGUUCCUUCAUAG